AUGGCAAUAUGCAAUGCUUGCCAAAGGAAAUUCAACACCAAGCAUGCUGUGCACAUCCACUGGAACACGUGUGUUGCUGUACAGGCAGAACUUGCAGCAAUUUGCAAACCAGCCAAAUUUGACAGCAAGACUGGAAGGGCCAAACGUCGCAAGCUGGACCGUGAUGAGGCCAACAAGGAAAACGAGCUCAAUAAGGAAAGCAAAUGGGAAGACAUUCCGGAAACGUAUCAGAAUGAAGAUAUUGUUUUGCCUCCAAGUCCUGAGCCUCCGGAACCACCUAAAAUAUUUAUUCCUCCUCCCACACACUCUGGACGUGUUCGGAAGUAUCCAACAAAACACAUUGAUUUUUUACCAAAUUCAUCAACUUGUUUACCUCACAUGCCGCCUCCUGUUCCAUGUGUCCGUCAUGCUCCAAAGCCUGUGGUUCCACGCAAGCCCACUCCUGAGCUAGCUCCGUCAUUUGAGCCAACAAUUACGUGUACUUUGCCAAAUGAAUUUGGCCUGUACUGUGAAUAUCCAACAUUCCCGGAGCAGGACAUUGACGACCUGGAGGAACUUGAUAAACUGUGUAGCGCACCAGGCUUUGCAACCUCCUCCAUGGAGAAGAAACCAAGCUCUUGGAUUUCCAAGGUUAUGGGAAUCUCUGUAGACAAGAUGUCAAUCUCAAAUCAGUUUGCACCUUUUUUAAAUGCAACUGUUUUCCGUCUCAUGCAUUGGUUCUACGGGGCUUCUAACCUGAAAUCCGUAGCCGAACUUGAUUGCUUGGUCCACGAAGUUCUGCUUGCCGAGGACUUCUGUGUCGAACACCUCAAAGACUUCAGCGCAAAAUGGGAAUUUUCUCGCAUGGAUGAAGCGACCUCUGCUUUGAAUUCAGGAUUGGCAUUUAAACACGAAGAUGGCUGGAUCAAGUCUACAGUUCAGAUUCCUCUGCCAUGUGAGCAAGCUAAACAUCUUUCUGAAGAUGCAGCACCAGUGCUUGAGGUGCCAAAUGUGUAUCAUUGCAGUCUCAUUGCCACCAUCAAGGCGGCACUUCAGGAUGAAAGUGCCGAAUUGUGGCAUUUCACACCACACCGUCUUUUUUGGAAGCCUUCGCCAACAAGUCAGCCAGAACGUGUCGUGAACAAGGUUUAUAAUUCCGACGCCUUCUACAAUGAAUAUAUUGACCUUAGGAAGCAACAAAACAAACAUGCACGUCUUGGCGACACAUACAAAGUUGCUAUUGUGGCUUUGAUGCUGUGGUCCGACUCUACCUAG